AUGGAUCAGAUGAAGAGGGCUAUGGACGAGAUGAGGGAGAAUAUGAGAAGGAUGAAUCAUGUAGAUGAUUUAGUUCAUCGAACUGAUUCCCCUUUCGUAGCUUCCAUUAAUAGUCAUCCCUUUCCUUCCAAGUUCAAGAUGCCUUCAUUGGAUUCGUAUGAUGGAACGCACGACCCAUAUGACCACAAUGCAACCUUCAAGACCACAAUGCACCUUCAAGGAGUUCCUGAUGAGAUAAUGUGUAGGGCCUUCCCAACCACCCUUAAGGGGCCAACACAGGUAUGGUUCAGUAAAAUACCUCCGAAUAUUGUUGGUUCUUUCGAGGAGUUGAGUAAGUUCUUCGUCAACAACUUUAUUGGAGGGCAAAGGCACAAAAGCUCCUUGCCCAGCCUGCUGACUAUAGAACAAGGAGAAAAAGAGAGCUUGCAAUCCUUCAUCACUCGCUUUAACAAAGAAGCCUUAACAGUAGACGAAAUGAAUGAUAAAUUGAUGUUGGCAGCCUUCCACAAUGGAGUUAGUUCAAAUUUAUUCAUCCACAAGCUUUAUGAACAAGAGCCACAAACCAUGGCUGAACUCGUCCAUUCAACCCAAAGCUUUAUAAAUGCAGAGGAUGAAAUCAUUUCCAAGAAGAGGAAGAGAGCAAAACGAAUGGAAGCAGACUUCUCACGUCAUCCUAAACAAGGUCCUCAUCCAAAGAAGGCCUGGACAGGAGAGAAGAAGGAUAGAAACAACAGGAAGGCAAUUUCGUCUUCAGGAAGAGGUCAGCAUUACACGCCUUUGAAUGUUCCACUUGAUCAAAUGCUUAUGCAGAUCAAGGAUGAUCCAUCCCUGAAGUGGCAAGAGAAGAUGAAAGGAGAUCCUAACAAGCACAAUAAGAAUAAGUAUUGCCGCUUCCACAGAGACCACGGGCAUGACACGGACGAGUGUUAUGACUUGAAGCAGCAAAUAGAGAAUCUUAUCAAGCAGAGAAAACUAAGGAAUUUUCUUGGACGAGAUCAUAAAGACGAGAAGUUAAAAGGAAAGGUAGAAGUGCCAUCAUAG